CUUAUUUUCCACCACUGUUUCCGUAUCUUGGCCUUGCAAUACACAAUGAACCCCCUUUUCAUUUUCAAAUCAUUAAUAUUCUUCCAGUUACUGCUUGUUUCAGCUCAAGAUGGAGGAUGUCCAACCUCCUUUAGUUGUGGAUAUCUUGGCCAAAUUACCUUCCCUUUCACAGUCACACAAUACCCUCACUGUGGCAUACUGGCCAUAAGUGGUUGUGAUAAAAAAAAUACAUCUGCUCCCAAAAGCAUCCAACUAGGAAAGAUGCCAUCCAAACAGCCUUUAAUAGUUACAUACGUGGAAGGUAAUACCAUCACGGUCUCAGAUAAAACACAGCGGAAGUAUUUGCUAUCCAAAAAAUGCCAAGCCUUUCACAAUUAUCCUGUUCCUCCCACUACUCCUUUGGGUUCUUUCUACCUCAAAUUUAAUAUAACUAUGUUCAAAUGCAAUCGCUCCCUUAAGGUCACCCCUCCAAAAUCAUUUCAAAACUACGCAAACUGUUCCGGUUAUGAUAUCUACUAUGACCUUCAAAAUAUUGUGAGACCUCCUCCUUUCAAAGUGCCAAACUCUUUAGCACAGUGUACACAGUGUCAGGCUGCGGUAAGAGACAUGCCCAAUGAUGACCCCUUUGAGUUUCUAUCUCCUCAGAUCUCCAUUGUAGUACAAUUAUCUGAUGAUUGUAACCAGUGUCUUCAUCAUCAAGGGGGACGAUGCCGACUUGAUAUUCAAGGAAAAUUCCACUGUGCCGAAGGGGAUAAAAGUUUGGCGUGGAAGUUAGGACUUGGCAUUGGACUUCUUGUCAUUAUUAUAACCGGGUUGCUGAUUAUAUGGCGCUGCAAACGACGUGUUCCUGAUUUCUACUCAAAUAAAUAUACAGAGAGUAACAGUUUCUACCAUGGGGUGCCGGUCUUUUCCUUUAAGGAUCUUGAAGUAGCAACAAAAAUUUUUGACAGUUCAAGAGAACUUGGAGAAGGAGGAUUUGGCACUGUUUAUUACGGAAAACUCAAAGAUGGACGUGAAGUUGCUGUGAAGCGCUUAUUUCAGCACAACUUUAAACGAGUUGAACAGUUCAUGAAUGAAAUCAAAAUCCUCACUCGAUUGCGCCACAGAAAUCUAGUUUCUCUCUAUGGCUGUACUUCACAUCAUAGUCAUGAACUAUUGCUUGUAUAUGAAUACAUUUCAAAUGGAACUGUUUCCAGUCAUCUGCGUUGUGAAUCAACGAAUCCUGGCUUUCUUCCAUGGCAUAUUCGAAUGAAAGUUGCCUUAGAGACUGCUACUGCUUUGGCUUAUCUCCAUGCUUCUGAAAUCAUUCACCGUGAUGUGAAAACAAACAACAUUCUCCUUGACAACACCUUUUGCAUUAAAGUUGCAGACUUUGGACUAUCAAAACUGUUCCCAAAUGAUAUCACACACGUCUCCACAGCUCCACAAGGAACCCCGGGAUAUAUGGAUCCGGAAUAUCAUCAAUGCUACAGGCUUACAAGCAAGAGUGAUGUUUACAGCUUUGGAGUUGUACUUGUUGAGCUGAUAUCGUCUAUGCCAGCAGUUGAUAUGAGCAGAGAUAAGGAUGAGAUAAACUUGGCAAAUUUAGCCAUACGGAAGAUUCAAAAAAGUAAAAUCCAUGAGCUUGUGGAUCCUUCCCUUGGCUUUGAGUCAGAUAAGGAUGUUAAAAGGAAAAUAGUUUUGAUAGCAGAGUUGGCUUUUCAGUGUUUGCAGCGGGAUAAGGAAUUGAGGCCCUCAAUGGAUGAGGUUUUGGACGUGCUGAGGAGAAUUGAUAGUGUUAGUGGGAGGGAUGAGUUUGGAAAUGUAGAGGAAGUAAUAGCUCGUGGAGCAGUGAUGUCGAGUAUUAACGUAUGUUCACUGUCAUCGUCCUCACCCGAUCACGUUGAGAUGAAAUUGUUGAAGAAUAAAAAGUUAACGUCUCCUACGGGUGUGACGGAUAAAUGGGAUAGUGAAUCGACUACUUCUAAUGUCAGCGGUCAGUCAGCAAGCCGGAUUUAAUAUAACACUUGUAGAGGAAAUGUAAUCUGGUCAAUUAGCAUAUUUCCUUUAUUGUGUUUUCUUUUCUCCCAUUGCAUAAUUUGAAUUCGUUACUAUAAUAUAAUUAGCUAGAGCAGAAUUGCACCUAUAUACUACAUUAUUUGAUACUUCUCUAUGUUCAUUCUCUUGUAA